GGCUCACAUGUCCCAAUUCACAUUUCUUAUAAGACUCUUUAUGCUCCUUAUUCCCACUGUCCCACUUCCCCUGACCCCUCCCUCUCCCAUACCAUAGUCCUCAGAUUUUUAGUUUGCACCAUUUCCUAGUGUACCCGUGUGCCUACAAAUUUUAUUCACUUCCUCCCAUUCCGGUCCUUUCUUUUCACACAUAAAAUACACAUCUCUUUCUCUCUCUCUUUGUGUGUUGGUUAUUAGUACUAUUAUACUACUACUAUCUUAUGGCUUCUGCUAGUGGAAAUGGUGGCUCUAAUGGCACUGGCUCUCCUUGCGGGGCAUGCAAGUUCCUCAGAAGAAAGUGUGCUGCUGAUUGCAUCUUUGCACCUUACUUUUGCUCAGAACAAGGUCCUGCUAGAUUUGCAGCCAUACACAAGGUCUUUGGUGCCAGCAACGUUUCCAAGUUGCUUUUGCAUAUACCAGCUCAUGAUCGUUGUGAAGCCGUUGUCACAAUCGCUUAUGAGGCUCAGGCUCGUAUCAGAGACCCUGUCUAUGGCUGUGUCUCUCACAUUUUUGCCUUACAACAACAGGUGGCAUGCUUGCAGGCACAGCUGAUGCAGGUGAAGGCUCAGCUGGCUCAGAACCUGGUGGAGUCCAGGAACAUAGAGAGCAAUCAUCAGUGGACAGGGAAUAAUAACAGUGUUUCAGGACAACCAAUGAACCAUCCAUUUUGUCCCACUUACAUGAAUCCUAUAUCUCCUCAAAGCUCUCUUGAGUCAAUUGAUCACAGCAGCAUCAAUGAUGGAAUGAGCAUGCAAGAUAUACAAAGCAGAGAGGAUUUCCAAAUCCAAGCUAAAGAAAGACCAUACAACAACAAUGACUUGGGGGAGCUGCAAGAACUGGCACUCAGGAUGAUGAGGAACUGAUUAUGACUAAGUUGGCACCAAAGCUAGCCUUUUCAUUUUCUAGAAGGGUGUUCCUUGAUGUUGAGGGGACAUGGUCUUUUGCUAGUGUUGUAUAUAUAAUGAGAGUGUCAUCAAGAAAACUGGCCAUAACUGAUAAGCUUAAAGUUUAAACUAAGCAUUAGGCUUUUUCUGUUUGUGGAUUCAAUCCAAAAGAAAAAUAUUUUUUUUGCAGCCUA